GUUUUAUGUAUUGUUGUGUAUUUUGACGGUGUUUUUGCUUAUUUUCUAUUUUAGCACACUUAAUAUCUAUUUAAUUGUAUACGAAGAAUUAUGUGGGAAGUGCCUUGCAUUGUUUAAGCGAUACAAACCAAUUAAUAUUGAAAAUGGAGGACAAAACGAGCAUUCCACCGCCGAUCCUGGUUGAUCCAGAAACAAUACAGAAUCCAAACAUGUCUGGACCACCACCUAUAGAUCCUGCAUUGCUCCAAGGACCACCUCCAACAGAGGGUAUGAUGGCACCACCAGGAUUUGGACCACCAGGUACUCAAGGGUGGGCCAAUGAUGAUUUCGGAGGAAAUCAGGUUGUUAUGCAGCCACCGCCCGUUAAUGAGAAGCAGCUACCUUCAUUGCUGUCGCUGAAGGUGGAUCCUCCAGAGCAGUUGGUCGAGGGAAAUUCUGAGGUUGUCUUGCCACAAGUUCUUGAGGAUGUUUUAGCUUUAAAAAAUCAGAGAGCACUGGAGCUGGGUACUGAAGAAGUUCCUGAUGGUGAUAGUGAAGUGGUUAGCGAUAAUAAUAAAGAAAGGGAACCACUGUGGGAAAAAGAUGACAAUGAGUUGGUACCUGAUGUUGAAAACAAUAAGGGAAAGGAAAAAGAAAAAGAUGCAAUUAAAAUUAGUAAAAAUAAGAAGAAGAAGAAGAGAAAGAAGAACAAGAAGAAGCAGAUCAAUGAAGAGAAGUCAGAAGAAAAAUUGAAAGAAAAUGUUGAAACUCAACCAUCUGAACCAGAUGUUGAAAUUGAAUAUGUACAAGAAUCAAUAUCAUUGCAUGAAUUGGCUCCACAGUACAGACAAUUUUAUUCAAUAUUUGAAUCGUUUAAAAUAUCUGAUCAGAAAUCUGAUUUGCCUCCACCAAUGCUAGCCACUCCAACAGCUCUUUCUACUAAAGUAAUUAACAGUGCUCUUGGUGAUGAGUUCCAAGAAGAGAAUGAGGAAGGUGAUGAGAAAAAAAUUGAUGAUAAAUCAAAAAUGUCUAAAAGAAAAUUAAAGAAACUUACUAGACUCAGUGUAGCAGAAUUAAAACAACUGGUCAAUAGGCCAGAUGUGGUAGAGAUGCAUGAUGUUACUGCUAGAGAUCCAAAAUUGUUGGUACAAUUGAAGGCUCAUAGAAAUACUGUCCAAGUUCCAAGACAUUGGUGUUUUAAAAGAAAAUAUCUUCAAGGAAAGCGUGGUAUUGAAAAACCUCCAUUUAAUCUUCCAGAUUUUAUUAAAAAGACUGGAAUCAUGGAAAUGAGAGCUUCUCUGCAAGAUAAGGAUGAAUCCAAAACUUUAAAAGCUAAAAUGAGAGAAAGAGCAAGGCCAAAACUUGGGAAAAUUGAUAUUGAUUACCAAAAACUACAUGAUGCAUUCUUUAAAUGGCAGACAAAGCCUAAAAUGACAAUUCAUGGGGAUCUGUAUUAUGAAGGUAAGGAAUUCGAAACGCGACUGAAGGAGAAGAAGCCUGGAGACCUCUCUGAAGAGCUAAGAACAGCAUUGGGUAUGCCUGUUGGAGCCAAUGCCCACAAGGUGCCUCCACCAUGGCUGAUUGCUAUGCAACGUUAUGGGCCACCACCCAGUUAUCCAAACCUGAAAGUACCGGGCCUAAACGCCCCCAUACCCGAAGGUUGCUCGUUCGGUUAUCACGCCGGCGGUUGGGGUAAACCGCCCGUGGACGAAAACGGCAAACCGUUGUAUGGCGAUGUAUUUGGGACAAAUGUGGCCAACAUUGAUGACAUUGGAGAAGAUCCUAACGUGGAUAGGUCGCUAUGGGGCGAACUCGAAUCGGAAUCCGAAGAGGAAAGCGAAGAGGAGGAGGAAGAGGAAGCAGGCGGUGAGGAAGGUAUCGCUGGUAUGCCAGACGAAUCUGGAUUGGUGACGCCGGCUGAAGGACUCGUGACACCUUCUGGUUUGACUAGUAUACCAGCAGGUAUGGAAACACCAGAAGCAAUAGAACUGCGGAAGCGUAAGAUCGAAAAUGAAAUGGAGGGCGGGGAAACACCUGUACUUUAUCAUAUUAUUCCCGAACGACGAAACGAACGCAUAGGGCAGUCGAUGAUGGGUAGCAGCCACGUGUACGAUAUGACGACAGUAGCAAAUCCUCCACCAUCAGUAUCUAGACGAGCUCAUGACAGAGAAGGUAUGGUUGAACUGGCAUUGGAUCCAUCCGAGCUGGACAUGGAUAGUGAUGCCAUGGCAGUGAGGUAUGAGCAACAGAUGAGAGAAAAUCAGUCACAACUUCAAAAAGAAGAUCUUAGUGAUAUGUUAGCUGAACAUGUUGCUAAGCAAAAGAGCAAACGUAAGAGGGCACAACAAGAUACCAAACAACAGAAGAAAUAUAAAGAAUUUAAAUUUUAGAUGUAAUUAUUUCAUAAGUGGUUAACGUAAGAAAAUAUUAAUUUGAUAAUAAAUGUUUCGUGAGUUCU